AAUCCACCUGGCCCUCAGGGCGUCCCAUCGAGAAGUUUGGUCCAGGACUUCAUAAGCAGCAUCCAGGCACCAGGCAAGAGAUCUGCUCAGAUCUCCACCCUGGCUUGUCUGAACCCACCAAAGAAACCCCGACUGAGUCCCAUCCAAUUUCCCAAGAAGAGCACCCUGAGACCAGAUCCGGGGGUUUUCCAGAAUCUGCAGCCUCCACCCAGUACUACCAGACCUGGGCCAACCGUGGCACCCCAAGUGACCAGGAAGACACCUGCACAGGUGCAAAGCAUUAACCUCCAGCCUCCACACAACACAUCUUACCUGAAUACUCUCCAGGCCUACACCAGAGUCCAGCCUCCAGCCAUCAGACGUGUUCCAGGCCAGCCUCUCAGGAUGCUCUUCAGGAGAGUAGGCAAAGCUUGGUGGAGCUGCACAUACAUGACAUCUCCCUCUUUGUCUCCUGCUGAGAAGCCAAUCCCUCCUGCUCAGAGCCCAGCCAUGGGCAAUAAGUCUGAGGAGCACUGUGCCCCAGGCCCCUGGAGUGUCCUCUAUGGUGACCUUCAGAUUUCUUCUUCCUCUGAAGAGACCUUGAAGAUCCCCUUGACAUUUUUUAUCCUCAAAGCUUAUGGAACUGGGAGGACAGAGGAGCUUGGAAGGACUAAGGCUAUUCAGAAAUAUAGACUCUCAGGCACCCCUGCCCCCAAGACCACUCACUGCGGAGAGAGGCAGGAAGACAGCGGAAGAGUAAAAUGUGGAGAUCUGCUUCCUCCCCACAGAUACACCAGAAAUAUAUAUACACGUGGAAAAACUCCUACAGAACACCUACUGAACGCUGGCAGAAGACCUCAGACCUCC